AUGGCCCCUCCCUAUCCCAUCGCAGUCGCCAACCCCAAUGGGCAGUUGUCGCGGCGUACAGAUCCGAAGUCAUAUGAAACGCCCAAGUUGUCCAUCGUCGAAACAUGGUCCCAUCUGCUAUCCCGCCUCAAGGCGGCGACGGCCACUAUUAAACAGCGCUUUGAUGACCGCGCACGCAUUGAGAAGGAGAUAUCCGCCCGUACCGAUGACUGGUGCAUAAACAUCUUCCUGCAGACGUACACGCGUCUAGAGCAGCUUACUUCAGAGCUGGAGAUGCAGCUGGCCAUUACGCAGAACCUCCAGGGCCAGAAUCAAGCGUCGUCGGCGUUGUCGACAUUCGCCCUGACGCCCUGGCAGAUGGAGGAACGUUACCGCGCUCUGAUCCAGCUGCAGUCCUGUUUGGGGUCGUUCUUUGAGCGCGCUAGUCCCGCGUACGAUCAGUCUCAGACUGUGUGGUGGUUUGACCCUUCUUACCACCAGUCAGACGGUCUCAACUAUGAUCGGUACGGGGCGCCCGAUGUCCGAGAAUCUGAGGCCCGACUCCUCAAGGCUCUGGGGCUAGGCAAUGAAAAGCUGCCUCUCAAGCUGUUAUUGACGUCCAGCGGUGUGGCGGCUUUCACGGUGCUGCAUCAGUUCUUGAUGAGCAAGGUCCUUACCGCGGGCGACACAAUUGUCAUCUCUCCGUACCUGUAUUUCGAGUGUUUCGAGCACUUGCGGCUGGUCUCGCAUGUACGCGUCGUCAACUCAGACACGUUUGACGCCGAGGACAUCAUCGCGACGACGGAGAAGCACAACGCCAAGGCAGUCUACCUCGACCCUAUGGCCAACACUCUCGGCUUGGAGACUACUGACAUACGGCGGUUUGCGCAGCUCGUGGAAGGCCGGGAAGGCUGGGCAGACCGGUUUCUCAUCAUCGACGGGACGCUGAUCUCGGGUGGAAUGCAGGUAUACGACUGGUUUGAUCAGCCCAGCCACCCAAAGGUCCUCUACUACGAGAGUGCCCACAAGUACAUACAGAUGGGUAUGGACAUCGUCAUGUGUGGAUUCGUCGUCUACCCAGAGGUUUACCAUGAGACCAUCGGCCUCAUCCGCCAAGUCACCGGAACGACGUUAUACUCACGUCAGGCAAACGUCUUGCCGCCCAUCGAUUACAACAUUCAUCAGUCGCGGAUGCACUGGCUCACCACAAACGCGGAGAAGCUCUAUCACAUCCUAGACAAGAGGAGCUCCACCAUCGCUGACUUCAAUUUCCCAACCCAUUGGCGCAAGAUGGGCUGGGGCCACGGCGGAAACGUCGUCACCAUCAAGCUCUUUGGGGACCAGAUGAAUAAGCGGCCGAGUUUAGAUGCAUUUACUGGCUUGGUCCUCAGGGCCGCAGAGGAAGAGGGAGUUGCAAUGACAAAGGGCGGUGGCCUGGGCUUCUCCGUCACUCGCAUUUGGCCGUCGUGCCCUUUCAUCCGAGACGAGGACCCAUACAUGAGAAUCUCGGUCGGCGUCGAUCCGAAUGAGGUCGAGCCGGUAGCCAGGGCAAUUUGCAAAGGGCUGGAGAGACACUACCGUGCUUCUAGAUCCGUGAUGGCACAAUGGAGACUCAGGGAGAAUGGGGUAGUUAAAGAGAAUGGAUUCGUUAAGGAGAAUGGGAAUGGAUUUGUCAAGGAGAAUGGCAAUGGGUUCGUGAAGGAGAAUGGAAACGGGUUGGUCAAGGCAAGCAGUGCUUAUUUCAGAUAG